GGAAUCUUUUAAAUCACUAUUUAACUGAAUUGUUUCUUGGUUUAUUACAACAUUUCAAAAAGUAUAUAAAUGUAUGAUAUUCUUGUGGUAACUAUAUUUGUUAUUGGAAAAUACAUGUGUUUGUAUUAUUAUAAAAGUUGGUUGUCCUUUAUGAAUUUUAAAAUCUAUUAUCGUUAAUUGUCAAUAGCAGCUGUUCGUAUUUAUUAAUUUGACUAUUUGACAUUUAUACCCUAUACAUAAUUAAAAAUAUACUAUGACCGUAUAAUAACUUAAGACUGGCUUUAAAAAAUACUAAUAUGGAAAUUUUAAACGGAACAAAAAGAUAGAAAAAUCACUAUGGAAGAUAAAGAAGAAGGAAAUUGGGCAUAUUUGCCAUAUUUAGCUCUAUACAAAAUAUUUCAGCAUCUAAAUUAUAAGGAGCUUAUUUCUGCAGGCCAAGUGUGUAAAUUGUGGUACCAGGGUAGUUACAACGAUUUAUUGUGGAAAGAACUAUUUCGAGAUCAUUUUAUGAUUGAUAAAUCUAUACCAGUUGUUGCAGGUAGAACAUGGCGAGAGGAAUUUAUAAGAUUGUCUUAUAAUAUACCAGUAGUACAAACAGAAACAUUAUUACAACACGGCGACCAGGUAUUGCACGUUAGUUUUUCCCAUAAUGGGAAAUACUUUGCAACAUGUUCUAAAGAUGGAUAUGUUAUUCUGUGGAAAUCAAAAUAUCCAGCAAAAAAGAAAUAUAUUAGGAACAUGAAACAUUUUAAAUGGAAGUACACUCAAUAUUCUCAAUUCAAUGAAUCAGAUACACUUCUCCUUGUCUCCGGUGUACAUUUUGGGACGACUCAUAGUACUUCAGGAGAGAUUGCAGUUUUUGAUUUAAAUCACUUUGAAUUGCAAUGUAGGGUAGUUAACAAACCCUAUGAUAUAUUUGGUACUUGGUACAGUGAUCAUUACCUUCUAUCAGGCGAUUUGCAUUGGCUCGCUCAUUUGAUUAGCACAUCCCACUUAUGGUUGAAUAAAGCGUCUCAAGAAGCAGAAUCAGAAUUAGUACCAAUAACGCACUGCCUGUUUAGAUUCUAUAAUAGAAGCGCUAGUUCGAUCAGAUCUAUAAUGAUAGCCAAUUGCCUUCCAAAUUCGGAAAAUGUUACCGUUAAUAAUAAUGACGGAGAUACAAAUAUGCAACAAGGUACUUCUUCCCAACGUGGAAAUCCUAUCAGUCAUAAUGAUAUGACGUGGCCACGUUUAGAUAUUAGAAGAUCAACGUUUAAUAUCGAAAUAGACCCAUACAAAUUUCCACAUCCUAUUUGUUAUAAUGAUGAUUAUAGAAAAGUAGAAUGUGCAUCUUGGGUAAAUAUCGAUGACGAUAUAGAAGAAGAAAUAGAAGAGAAAAUCGUCGAAGAUUCGGAUGAUGAUUGUUCUGAAUCUUCUUGUGAAACCGAAACUGACAGGUUCGUCCAAAAUGAUAAAUAUUUAAUUUAUACAACUGGAAAUAAAACGUACACACCACAUCAGAUAGGAUUUAAAAGAAUAAAGCCAUUCAAAUUUCCCAAACGGAUGGAACUUGGUCCCACUCUUCAAGAACGUUUGAUUUUAUUCGAACAACGUAAAGAACAGAGUCCUCCGCCAGAUCCCGAUUGGUUAGAUUUCGAUAAAGUAGCUGAUAAAUUCGAUCAAGUCGAUCAUCUAAUUGAUCUUCAUGGACAUAUCGUCGGAAUGGGGUUAAGUCCUGAUCAAAGGUACCUAUAUGUAAAUAGUCGUUCUUGGCCAGAAAAUUAUGUUAUAAGCAACCCUUUGGAUCCACCACCUAUAGCACAAGAGAUUGAUAUCCACGUUAUAGAUUUAGUAACUUUGAAACAAGUUGGGAAAAUGCUUAGAGCACACAAAGCUUUUACGCCAAAUAACGAAUGCUUUUUCAUAUUUUUAGACGUUUGCAAUGAAUAUGUAGCCAGUGGAGCUGAAGAUAAACACGGUUAUCUAUGGGAUCGUCAUUACGGAGCCUGUUUAAUAAAAUUUCCGCAUCAAGAUGUAGUUAAUUCCGUGGCGUUCAACCCAAAGGAUCCGGAAAUGUUGGUAACGACGUCCGACGAUCAUUCAAUAAAAAUAUGGCGGUCUAGAGCUAAAGUGAAUAGUUUAAAUUUAAACGAAUCACUGCUACCCAAGGGCAUCGAACUAAGAAAUGGUCGAGUCGAAAAAACCGCCAAACGUUUAUUCAAUUUCAGACCAGAUAUUUAGGUAAAAAACGGUUUUCAACUUUGAGUGAGCUGAAACAAUUUUUGAGUUAACUUGAUUAGGAUUUAAUUAUUUAAAUUAUAUUUUAAUAGUUCCAAUUUAUGUAACUAUGACUUUAUUAGCAGUUUUUUUUGUUAAUUUCGAAACCAUUUUACUGAAAUUCGAUGUAUCUUGUGCAAGUUUGAUGUUCUACGAUAUUUUUUUAAAAAGUUAUCCAAUCUUAGGGUAUUAUGGAAUUUUUUUUAAUAAUGGGGAAGUUGGUUUAAAGCUAAAUAUUUCAAUGUUCAUUUUAAAAUAAUCGAAAUAAGAUAAAAAUUUGGGCCAACUAUUCAUGUAUCAACUGCUGUCCCCUCAAGGCCCUAAAUAUAAUUUGGGGCACAAUUUUUCUCAAAUUUCCAUUUGCGGACAUUUGUUCUAUUGAAUGGUGGUUGCAUGAACUUUUAAAACACUAAAUAUGAUAUAAAAAGUAAGAAGUAGUGGUGCCAAUACAAACAAAAAACUCUUUCUUCUUUUAAUCUAUUUGUAUACACUUCAAAGUAACCAUACUUUUUAUUUUGCCAACCGUGUCAAAAUACCGUACUACUUUUAAUAUUGGAGACAUGAAGAAGUCACAAGUAGCUAAAUCCUACGAUUAUGGAGGCAGAUGCGUGCUUUUAUUUAUUGCAUAAAAUUUAACAAAUUUUAUAUGAACCAUUUUAUCAAUCAUUCCACUAAAGUACAAGUAAAGUACUGUGGACGAAUAUUAUGUGUGGAGAAUGCAUUUUAGGUUCUUAAUAUGGUGGUUUAGUGGACACAUUCAGUUUGGAAUGAUUAUUUCCUAUUAACUUGAGUAAAAUUUAAUUCAACAUGGAAUCAUCCUGCAAGCUCAGUGGUAUAGGGGUGGUGUUCGCCUUCUCCUUUAGGAGUUGGUUCAUCCCACUUGUUGGGCGUCGUCGUCGUCUUCGGGAGGGCCUCGUCAAUAGGUGAUGUCCCUCUUUUUCGUGCCAAAAUGUAUGGAAUCUCUCCGGAACACAAAAUAAAA